AUGGCUGCGGAUUCAACUCCAGGCAGUCACCACCGGAACCUCUUCUUUCAGUAUGGAAAAGCUGCCAUUCACCGAUAUCAUAGGCUGCAUCUCUAUGGAAAGGCGUUCAUUUGGCUAGUUAUCCUGUUUUACAUCGCUUUUGGAGUGUUUGUUAUCAUCGUGACGCCCGCGCGUAUCGCACAGUUUCUCUAUGACCAGGCCAAACUAUUGGCUGCGACACGAUUCGGCUGGGUUGCUCUUCUCCUAUCAAUAAUAUGCAUUUCAUUUCCCCCGUUGAUUGGGCAUACAACCCUUGUUACACUUUGCGGCUUUGCCUACGGUAUGAAGGGGUUUUAUAUCGCAUUCGCAGGGUCGAUACUCGGCUCCGCACUCGUCUUCGUUGUCCUGCGUUUCUUGUUCACCGAAAAGAUCCGGUCAUGGUCUGCGCAGAAUGAGAAGUGGCAAGCUCUAGAAGCCGUCGUUAGGUCAAAGGGUCUACCCUUAAUUGUCCUUAUCCGUGUAUCCCCAUUCCCUCCUUGGGUCUACGCCAACUCGCUGUUUGCUUCGAUCGAGCCAGUCAAAUUAUGGCAAUUCGUGGCCGCAACGUGCUUCAUCACGCCAAAACUCUUGUUGUAUGUUUUCAUGGGAUCGAAGAUGGCGGCCUUGUCCGAUGGCGACCAGCGAGAUCGGAUGGACACCCACGAUAAGAUUAUCAACGGACUUUUCCUGGCAGGGAGUCUGGUCAUCGCCGUAUUCACUAGCUGGCUAGUCUACAAUCUGGUACAGAACCACAUUCGGCAUUUGCAUGGUGUGGACCCUGAAACAGACGAACUGGCGGCUGAAGCAAUCGAAGAUUUCGACGAGGAUGCUCCUUUACUCUCUCCGACUGCUUCCCAUCGCGUUUAA